CGGCAUACAUGAGGGAAGCGAGGCAGCCCCCUGAGCCGUGCCCCUCAGCGCACGCCUCAUCAGACAGCGACUCCGCCCAGCCUCGAAAGCGACGACGGCGGUUCAUCCGCCGGUGGCUCAUGUGGGGAUGGGCGACGCUGAGCCUAUGCAUGGUCCUGGAGGGCAGCCGCAUCGCCCACGCUCUCUCAGCCGACUUUAUGAUCAGCGAGGGGAGAGGGAGAGGGCUAUCCUCCGCAGCAGGUUACACUCACGGCUACGAGGGUCUGGGAGGGGUUCUGCACGCCGGCCCUCGUGUGCUCGACGUCCUGCUGCCCAUUGCCGCCGCGAUGGAUAAAGUGCUGUCGCUUCCCUUUGUCGUCAUCCAGAUGGCUCUGCCGCUCACGGCCGUCGAGGCCGCUCCGGCACCAACACGUGGGCGGGGGAGAAAGGAAGAGAACACCAUUAUAUUGGCGUUCAAGGACGAUGACGGCAAGGGGGAGAGAAGGCGGCUUGGGGCAGAGGAUCGGCGGGCGGCGAGGCGGGCAUUCUGGCAGCGGUUUUCGUCGACCAUUCUUCCGUCCGCUCUAUCUCAAUCGCCAGACGAGGGCGGGGAUGCGGACGUACCCCCCUCUCGCGCAUUGGGCGCCCUGCUUCCGCCCGGGGAGCUGCUGGACAGGCUGACGCUGCCGUUGAAAAGCCUUCUGCGACAGGAGGGAGACGGUGAGGACGCCAACAUCGAGUCGGACUAUCUCUCUGCGCUCAACAUGGAGGUCUUGACGUUCCCCACCCCCGCCCCGGAGGACGACCGACCGGGGCCCUUCCCUUUGCCUUUGGACCGACUGCUGGCCAAGCUGAGGGCCGACCCCCUGGUUGAGAGUGCGAGUCAUGACGAGGUUUUGGCCAUGGACGGGGGUUGGAAGGAGCAGGCAGAGACGGAGGGGCAGAGUGAGGAGAGCAUCGGGAGGGUGGAGGGAGAGUGGGAGAAGAGGACUGAGCUGUCGGCCAGCUUGGCGACGGCCGACCUCCCCAACGACCCGGAUGUGCUGAAACAGGUGGGUGUGUGCGCCAACCAACAAGGCACACACAUCAUGGUAUGGUUUGUGCGAAUGGUUGUGUGUGUCCUGCUGAUGCUCAGUGGGCGCACAUGGACUCACGGGGGGUCGGCCUCAAGACGCCGGGUGAGUGGGCAAAGUGCGGUGGUGACGGAGAUGAAAUGAAUGCUGCGAGUGUUUGUGUCCGUGUGCCCGUGUGUGCUCAGAGGCGUGGUCGAUAUGGACAGGUGUCCCCCAGGCCUCGGAAGAUGACAUGUACACCUACGACACCAACAAACAGAUCGUCGCUGUCCUCGACAGGUAAGUGGCUGGCUGGGCGGGCGGGCGGGCGGGCGGGUACUCGACCAAUUGGCGGACCAUGCCUCCCUUGUUUGCAGCGGCGUGCAGUAUGAUCAUCUCGACUUGGCCGACAACAUGUGGCGCAACGAGGCCGAGUGCAAUGGCAAGAGGGGCAUCGAUGAUGACCAUAACGGAUUCAUCGUAACCACGCACCGCCAUGCUCAUGCUGAUGCCAGUGGCCAGGCGGUGCACACACUCCUCUGUGUGUGUCGUUUAGGAUGACUGUCACGGUUACGACUUCGUGGGCAACACCGGGCGGCCGUAUGACGACAAUGGGCACGGCACUCACACGGCGGGCGUCAUUGCGGCCAUCCCCAACAACAGGCGGGGCGUGGUCGGGGUGUGCUGGCGAUGCAAGGUGGGCUGGGAAGGGACGACAGGACACACACACACACACAUGGAUGGAUGGAUGGAUGGAUGGAUGGCUUCAUCGUGUGUCAGAUCAUGGCUGUGAAGGUCCUUGACAAAGAGUGAGUGACAUACGUGACAGAGGCGAAGCGGGCAGAGAAACAUCGAUCACAUCUAUAUCUAUAUAUCGCUCUGUCUCUCUGUCUCUCUAUCUGGCAGCAUCAACGGCGCGAUAUCCUGGACCAUCAAGGCCCUCAACUACGCCAUCCUUCACGGCGCCAAGAUCACCAACAACUCCUGGGGAGGCCAGGGGUGAGUGGAGUGAGCACACCACCCACCACCCACAACACCACAUACGCACCUGUGGCUCUGCUCUACUGCACUCACUGCAGGACCCGCUACCCCGCAUUAGAGGUGGCGUUGAACCGCGCCCGUCAGAACGACAUGGUCUUCAUUGCUGCCGCCGGCAACUACAACUCAGACAAUGACGUGUAGGCCCACCUGCCCUGCCCUGCCUGCCAGCUGACGCCCCAGCCACCACUCACCCGUGUGUGUGGUGUGUCUAUGGCUGGCUGGUGGUUGUGUCAGUGUUCCGACGUACCCUGCGUCGUACCCCGUGGACAACAUCCUGUCGGUGGCGGCCAUGACACAGACGGGCAAGCUGCUGCCCAACUCCAACUGGGGACACUCGUCCGUCCACCUCGCUGCUCCUGGUACACCCAUACCCAUACCCACACAUACACACACACAUACACAGAAUCCCGCAUCCAUCAUCGGAUCUCUCUCUGUGUGUGUGUGUAGGUGAGCGCAUCUACUCGACGUGGCUGGACGGCGGGUAUCGUUGGCAGGACGGCACCAGCUGUGCGGUGCCGUAUGUGAGUGGGGUGGUGGCCCUCGUCUGGGGGCGCGAGCCGAUGCUCGGCAGCCAGGAGGUCAUCGACAGAGUCAUACAGACCACCACCAAAGUGCCCGCACUCAUCGGUCGGUGAGAGAGGGGAUGACCCACCCCACCCGCGCCGUGGGCAAAAGGUGAGUGUGCAUGGGUGUGUGUUUGAGUGGUUUGCAGGCAUCGUGAGGACGUCAGGGACGGUCAAUGCGCUGGCAGCUCUGGAAGUAGGCACAAGCCAUCUCAUCUGAGAUGUCUCACUCUCUCUCUGUCUCUCUGCGUCUUCACUUCAGGCCGGCAAGCCAUUGCCUAAAGACCUGACAUCUCUCGGUAAGCCAGUCAUGCGCAAUCUCCACAAAUGCCAUGCCCGUCGUCCGCUCUCCUUGUGUGUGCAGAUUGCGCCAGCAAGAACCCCUGCAGCAAAUUCGCAACCUGCUGGGAAACAGAGUAAGCCACCCGACAGCACAGCCACAAGCACAAGGAAUCAGGGCAACAACAGUGCCGGCCGCCGUGUGUUGUGUUGCCUGACGCGCCAGGAAUGGCCCCAAGUGCAUGUGUGCCCAAGGCUACCGAGGCAGCGGCUUCGCGUGUGCCGACAUCGACGAAUGCGCCGAUGCCGAGGCCGAAGAGAAGCUGCUCUGUGGGUCGUCCUCAGAGUCAGCCGACGGCCCCCCGUCCCCCUCUGUGUGUCGGAACACGGCUGGCGCGUAUGAGUGUGUGUGCCAGGAGGGGUACGAGAAGGACGGCCAGGGGAAAUGCAGAGGUGAGCCAUCCAUCAAUCCGUCCAUCCAUCUAUCCAGGUCUCAUUAAUUACCUGAUUGAUAUCUUUAUGUGAUGGGUGUGUGUAGACAUUGACGAGUGCAGCAUAGAGGGGGAUGCAGGUGACCCCAACAUGUGGCACAGACGACUGGGGGCCGACGACGAGAGAGAGACCAGCUGUCCGGCGGGGCUGCCCUGCAUCAACACACAGGGAGGAUUCAGAUGCCAGGUGGAGUCGCACACCACCUACCAAGCCACUCUCAAUGCGUGUGUGUUGUCCUGUCCCGUCCAUCAGUGCCCGAGUCAGAGCGCAUGGGUGGCCGAGGAGCGAACAUGCUCACCGAUAGGUACCUACCGUACCCUCGGCCACACAGCCCCCACACACAAAGAAUGACCAUGUCAUGUCUCCCCGUCCGUAUCUGCGUAUCUGCAGGCCUCCCCUCGUCUGGCCCGUGUGUAUCCAACGGCCCCUGCGGCGCGUUCGCCAUCUGCCAAGUGGCGGGGGCGUUCCUCUGGGAAAGAGCCGAGUGCGCCUGCAUGGAUGGCUUCAUCAAGAAGACCCAAACAGCGACGGAGUGCCACCCCGUCGACAGCCUCUCGCCGGCCGUCAAGGUGCAGGGUGACGGCGAGGACCUCGCUUUCCCGCCGCUGCAGCUGGCCGCGAUGGCUUCAGGCAGCCAAGAGGACACCAACAGCGACCACAGCAGCGACGUCUUUUUCUCUCUGCCCAAGGCCAAGGCCGAGGAGGACCAGCGACAGAGGAGCUGGGGGUCGUUGGGGUCCUCCUCCACACCACCACAGCCCGCUGUGGGCCCCCGGUCGGCCGUCGACAUUCUGUCCGAUACCCCCGCCCCCUUCGUCUUUCAGCAAGCCAAGAAGGAGCCGCAACAGGACGCCCCCAGCCUGGGAGGGAGCAACAAGACCAAGACCAAGACCAAGACACCACCGAACAAACCGAAGAACAAACCUCCCCACCAGAAGCAGAAGCAGCAGCAGCAGCAGCAGCAGGGACCAGGCAAGCAGAAGGCCAAGGCUCCCGGGCCAAUGGCAAUGGCCAAGAAGGAAAAGGAGAACAACAGGAUGGCCAGCAAGUGGCAGCAGGCGGCUGAGGCGGCCAUGGCGGCGAAGAGGAGAAGGCGUAGCGGAGGGGGCGUGAUGACGGCCACUACAGCGGCGUUGAGCCAGGCAGCUGACGGGCCAUUAUUGAAUUUGGGGCGGCUGGUGGCCGGGGGGCUGCCUACGGGGCUCAUGGGGGGGAGGGGGUGACCGUCACGUUACGUAGAUACAUUUGUCGUCGUCCCUGGGUAGCGGUGGCUGGUUGAUGGGUAUAUAUGGGUCUCUCUGUGUGUCUGUGUGGUGUGUGGCUGUCUGUAUGGCUGCGCGUGUGCAUUUUCUGUGCUGCCUGCCGGGUUUCCCAUGAGAGUGGACGGACGGCAUGUGUGUGCGUGUGUGUGCAUCUGUGAGAGAGAGGGAGACAUAGACAGAUGAUCUCAGAUCAAUGACCAUUUAGUUUGCUGCUGGAACUGU